AUGCAUCGAUCUCCGAGCUCCUCGCCGCGCUCACAGCGUGGGCGAUGUAUCAAUCCCGUGUUCAUGUACUUGGCUAUUGCGCUCUACGUCGGGUGCCUGCUCUUUUGGUGGCUCUUCCUGAAAGGCGACGCCAAUCGUGUGCGGAUGUCGAGAUGGAGUAGCGCUAUCUCCAGUAAAACCACAGUAGAGCCAGAGAUAGAAAGCAGCACAGCAGAUACGCUACUAAGAACUUUCGCUCGAGGCAUCGGAGCCACGACCCCCGAGUUGUUAGAGCUGCACAAGAAGCACCGUAUCCCAGACUACAAGUGUGUGGGCUGGAGACAUACCGGCAACUGCUCGCCCGAUGGACCGAGAGAAUCGGAAAAAGACCUGAACUGUGGAGGAACUGUGCAAGCUGGUGCAUCAGGCUACUGUUUACUUCGAGAUGAAGCCACCGGUGAGGAGAUUCAGGCCAUGAGAAUGAGCUGCAACUCAUUGAGGAACAGAACGACGUUCAAGUGCAGUCAGGCUGUUGACUUUGCCCGCGUGGCGCCACAGGUGAAUGCGAUUAUUGCAACCAAAAAGAGAGAGUUACAGCAGAAGAACGAAAAAGGCGAAAUGCAGUUAAGAGGAAGCAGCCCACCAGAGGAAUUGUGA